AUGGGAAAGACCGGCAAUUCAUCGAAAGCUAGGAAGCAAACCUUUGGCCAUGUGGUGCCUUUGGGUGGCAGCUGUCUCAUCGCCAAACAUUUGCAGAACAAGGGCAUUCGAAUCUGCAAGUUCCCGUUCGACUGGAUGUACUCCACGCCAUACUUGGUGCGUCACGCGCUGCUGGACGACUUCAAGACUUUCUUGGACACAACCAAGUGUGAAAGUGGCACCGGGCAAUCCGAGGAGAAGUGCGGCACCAUCCACCGCGUCUAUCGCCGAAUGCAGUCCACCAAGGCGAAGAACGUAGUCUUCCCACACCAUCAGCUCUGGUCCGGUGCCCGCAAUGGAAGCCGCGACCGCAGCUCCUACCGGCGAUCUGUCGAGCGCCUGCGGCGAGUUCUGCGCUCCGGGGCGCGGACGCUCUUCGUCGCUGCCUUGGAUGCAGAGGCGAAGAAUCUGGAGAAGCUCCGGGACGAGCGCUGGCAGCCAGAAGGCGAAGGUUCCGGCGGCCGCGGCUGUCGGGGCUGUCCUGUACCGCCUUCGGGGGGCCCGGAGCUCUGCAGUCGGGCAGAGGUCUCAAGGCUCUUCGAGUGCCUGAAGAGCAAGAAGAAGGGUCCCUUCCACCUGGAGGUUGUCUACCUGCUGAAACACUCUCGCCAAAAAGGCCGCAAGCAAGUCAUCCUUCAAAAGAGCGCGAAGGACAGAUCAUUGAGGAUUACCGAGAUGUCCUGCAAAGGGGAUCACACUGGUCUAGCCUUUCGGGAAGAUGGAGAUAUGUUGGCCUUUCACAAGCUCAUCACAGAUUCUUCUUGCCGACGCUUCAAGCCCAUAAUCCUCGACGGGAACGGCACCAAGGGCUACCGUGAUGCCAACAGCAGCGCAGCGAGCGCAGCGAGCGCAGCGAGCGCGGCGAGCGCGGGCCCGGCAAAGAAGGGCUCCAGACGAGGCGACUUGAAGCGCAAGCUACGAUUUCUCCAGACGAACCCGAAAAAGAAGGGUACUGAGGCACACGUGCGAUACGAGGUCUACAAAAAAGCGCGGACAAUUCAAGAGUUCCUGGACCUGGGUGGUUUCAAGGGGGACUUGGCCUUCGACCAAGCGCGUGGCUUUCUCACACUUUCCUAG